AUGGCCAUUGGGAACGAGACAGAGGUGACCGUAUUCAUCCUGCAGAGCUUCACAGAAGACCCUGAGCUCCAGGCUGCCCUCUUCUGCCUCUUCUUCUCCCUCUUUGUGGUGGCCUUGGUUGGAAAUGGCCUGAUCAUUGCAACCAUACACUGCAGCCCCAACCUCCACACCCCCAUGUACUUCUUCCUGGUCAACCUGGCCAUGCUGGACAUGAUCUGCACCUCGUCCAUCCUGCCCAAGGUCCUGCAGAGCCUGGUUGCAGAGAGCACCAUCUCCUACGGUGGCUGCAUCAGCCAGAUGUUCUUCUUCACCUGGUCACUGAGUGCGGAGCUGCUUCUCUUCACUGCCAUGGCCUAUGACCGCUACCUGGCCAUCUGCCGGCCACUGCACUACGGCACCCUGAUGAGCACGAGGGUCUGUCUCACCCUAGCAGCCUUCGUGUGGUCUGUGGGAGCACUCAAUGCUUUCCUGCUCACCGGACUUGUCCUCCGGCUGUCCUUCUGUGGCCCCAACACCAUCGCGCACUUCUGUGAAAUCUCUCCUGUGCUGCUGCUGUCCUGCUCCCCCACCUUCCUCACUGACACCAUGACCAUCAUGGCAGACAUGUUCCUGUCCGGGAUGAACUUCCUGCUCACCAUGGUGUCCUACGGCUGCAUCAUCGCCUGCAUCCUGCGCAUCCGCUCGGCAGAGGGCAAGCGGCGGGCCUUCUCCACCUGCUCCUCCCACCUCGUCGUGGUCACCGUGCGGGACACUGUUCUCUACACCUAUAUCCGGCCGGCCCUUGGCUCUGCUGGGCUUAUGGACAAGGUGGUUGCCGUAUUGUACACCAUCGUGAGUCCCACUCUGAACCCACUCAUUUAUACCCUGAGGAACAAGGAAUUCAAAGCAUCCCUUAAAAAACUCCUCUUCCUGUUCUCCAAAUGA